CGCCACUCGCCAGUUCAGUCGUCAGUCCGCACACCACAGCCGCCGCACGUAGUGUUUCGUUGCCGUCGUCGUCGUAAACCGUCGUCAGUCAGUCGAUUAGCUGCCGCGGUCAGAUUCGGUUCACUCCUUAGCUGCUCAUAUAUACACGAACUCCGAUCGAGUAUAUCAACGCCAGUGUGUUGUGACAGGCGGAUAUUUUAAAUAUUAUUAUUUCUCCGUUGUCGCGUUUUACGAGCAAAUUAUUAUUCGUCGUCAGUCGUCGUAUUGUCGGUUUUCGAGAAGAUUAUUAUAAUAUUACAUAUAUUAUUAUUUUCUCUUUUAAACCUUCGUCGAAAAUCAGUCAACAUUAAUUCUUUCACUACUUCAUUCGUCAUUACAAUAGCUAGGCGCGAAAAAAUUCCGAAAAAAAUGGAAGUCGUACCUCCGUACUAUAUACAACCGUCGUACCCGGUCCAUUCCACUCUCGGAAUCUUGAAGUUGGAGGACAUCGAGUCGGAAACCAGCGCGUUUAUGGCAUUACACCAACGACUUGAAGAAGAACUUCGGGCCGCUAAACGUGCACAACUGUCGUGCGGCGAAGUUCUAUUGCCGCCCGACUUACUCCACCGAAUAGCUCAUGAUGUUCUCAAAAUGGCCGAAAGCGAACCCUGUGGUCUCCGAGGAUGCACUUUGUACCUGAAUUUCGAAGGUGAACAAGAAUGCCGGAAAAUCGGCACGAUCAAAUGCGACACCAAUACUGUGUCCACUUUUGAGUUGUUCCUCACUCUCAAACAAAACCCUAGAAAUGCGUGGUCACUCAUUCCACUAUUCAUUAGGAAUUUUACAAGCGGCGGCACUAUAGUGAUCGAUCACGAAUUCACAAUAGAAAAACGGAAGCUAUAUAGGUCUUUUUUAGAAUAAAGAGCGCCGGAUGUCCGGCGCCGACGAACGCCAAAUCCUCCACCUCCUUCUCAUUAUCAGUAUCUCAUCAAAACACCAUCACCACCACAACUAAAAAUCCAACCAUAACUAGUACGAUCGAUAGUACUCGUACCACUAAUAGCACCGCCGUCGCCGUGAUUGAGAGAGAGCCAAGACUGAUCCCCUCGGAACAGCCUGUGCGUUACAAGACGAAAAACACUCGUAUCAACCAGUAGCGGUCUUUGUCGUCGUCGAUUAUCAUCAAGUAACAAAAAAAAAAUCCCCAAUUUAUAAUAUAUAAUACUUGUAAUAAUAUAUUGGUCUCGUGAGUGUGUGGAAGUGAAUAUUUAUAUAUAUAUUAAAUAAGUAAAAUUAUGAAGAUAAAAAAAAACUAGCAUACGGUAUAAUAUAUUGUUUCCAUACGUUAUAAACCGUGUGCGUAAGUUUAAAAAAAAAUCAAUUGUGAUCAGUUCUUUAUGUUACGUUUAGUUUUUUGUUCUCGUUAUUAUUUUUGUCGAUACAUUUAUACAUUGGAUUAUAUUUAUAUUAUAUAUAUUAUAUAUAUGUCGCCAGAUUAUAAUAUGAUUAUUAUUAAUAUUUUUUUCCUUUUUUAUUUUUAUUUUAUUUUUUUACCCGUAUAAGUUGUUGUUCUUUAUAGGAUUUUUAAUAAACAAUAUAAUAUAUAUAUAUUAUAUUCAUAGAAUUUAAACAUUUAAGAUUAAAUUAUUAUAGAUUAGAGUUUUAUAGAGUAUAAUUAAAAAAAAAACAAAAAAAUAUAUUGUGUAUUAGGUGCAAAAUAAUUUUUUUAUUAAUGUACGUAUUUUAAGUGAAUGGUAGAGAGAGAUAUAAAAUAUAUAUAAUAUAUAAAGCGAAUAUAAUAUUAUUUCUAAUAUUAUCAGUGAGGAAUUAUUAAUCAAAACGAAAUAAAAAUAUGUUUAUAUUAUCGAGUGUUUGAUGUCGCGUGUGUCCUCCAGACAAUGAUAAAACUAAAGUAGUUUAGAAUUUUAACCAAUAUUAACUUAUUUAGGCUAUAAAUAGAUCGCACCAAAAAAAUAAAUAUAUAUAUAUAAUAUAUUAACUAAAGCAAAAAAAAAUCCCAUCUCAUCAGGCGUUUUUUUUAUUUGUUUUGCCAGAUGUCUUUCAUGUUCAAAUAUCUAUAUUGAAAAAAAGAUAUGUUAAUCUUAGUGUAAGUGUUCCUAACUGACAUCACACAUACAAUUAAUACAAUAUGCUAUGCAUUUAUAUAUACUAAUAUAUAUAUAUAUAUAUUUAUGUAUAGUUAUUAGCGAUUUUAAAUUAUUUAAAAAAAAAAAUCCCUAAGAGCUUUUAUUAUUUUGUGUGAUUAUCUCACAAAUGUGAUAUAAUUUAGUAUAUCUAUAUGUGUAUAUGUUUCCAUGAUAUAUACAUGUAUCGACGAACGGAAUGAGAUUAUUAUUAAUAUAUUUCAAGAAUAAAUGUAGUAGAGGUCUUUAUAAAAUUUUUCUUAUGCAAAUAAGAUAAAAAAAAAAUAUUUUAUUUUAAAAUCCAGUCAAAAAAAAUAUAUAAGAAUUGGCAUUAAAACUAAUCAUUUGUUUUUAUAAUAAUUUUUUAAUUUAAAUAGGCUAGUGAAAAAUACCUAUGUAUUGUGAUAACGGAUUUUGACUUUUUUCCUUAAACGUAAAUUUUCAAAUUUCGUAGGCUUUAAGCUCGAGUGCGAUGUGAAUUUUUUAUAUAACAGCCUGUUUUUUCCUCCAAAAAUUAAUAAUUUAUAAUUCUAUAAUAAUAACUAAACCAUUGUAAUAAGAUAUAUUUUUAUUUUUUUUAUUUUUAUUUUUUUUUGGUUAUUGUAAUGUAUUUCUGAUCUCAGUGGCACUGCAUGAAGUGUAAUCUUAACAGUAUUUUUUAUUUUUUUUUUUUUUAAAGUUAAGUUUACCUUUGAAUUGUGUUAAAAGCAAAAUAAUAAAAUGCUGCGCUGAUUUCGAGUAGUAGUAUUGUACUAGUACUACUCAACAAAGCGUCUAAAAGAUUAUAUAUUUUUGUUUGUAUUUUACAUAUAUGUAUAUAUAUAUAUAUAUAUGUGUGUAUAUAUAUAUUAUAUUAUUAUACUUUUUUUUUUUGUUUCGUUUAUACGAAGAAUCCCCUUUUUAUUGUGGCACAACCUCACCACCCCAGGCCAGUCUCAUAUCACUUCAUAGCAAUUGUCAUUUUUUUUACUUUUGUUAUGUAGUAGAUAAUGAACAAAAAAAUUAAUGCAAAAUAUAAAAUUUUAAAAUGAAAAAUAAAAAAAAAUAUUUUGACAAAAGAAAAAA